ACGUGCAGAGCUCUUGUACAGAUUUCGGUAGAUUUUUUGUCGCCAUGUCGUGGCUGGGACUGUCAUCUUGCUUCAUUCCCACAGGUGAUCAACAACACGAGCUUGUAAUCAGGGAGAGUGAGGAUGAUCAGGACGAGUCGUCUUCGAAUCUGGAGGUUGAACUGUGUGACAGCACCAGCUUGAGUCCAGAAUCGAAGCACCUGAUUCAGGGCGACAACCUUGACGUCCGGGCGGAGCCGUGCACACCACCCAUUUCAAAGAAGGUUCACUUUGACCAGGAACUUUCAGAUUCAAUCAGUACUCGGGCAUCCACGAUCGAAUCCGAUGGGUCUCAGCAGAGCCCCUUGGGCCCUCGCGGCUCAAGUGGUUCAAGUGGCUCAACGACACGGCGCACUCUGGGCCCUAGAGGUAAUUCAAAGACCUUGCUGAAAGUCGGCGAGUUCCUUCGGAAGAAUGGAUUUCAGGACGUUGACAGCAAGCGCAAAACCUACGGCGGACUUUCAUGCACCUAUCCUCUUCAUGUGGCAGCCGAGCAAAAUGAUACUAAGAUGGUUCUGAUGCUCCUCCGCCUUGGUGCAAACCCAAACGAGAAGGACGGACGAGGGCGCACCCCCGACGAGUGUGUAAAGAACAAGUUGACUCAUGUCGAGGUGCACAGCGUUUUGCAAUGCGCCAGAUUGGAGAAAAGCCAUGUGCUUCCAAUGAGGACGAGAUGUUCUUAUUGGGACGCCUUCUUCUCUCAGCUGGAAAUGCAUCCCUUGGCCCAAAGCUGAAGGUCCUUCUGGCGUGAUGCGUGACCGAGGAUAGGGAAAAUGCAUCUUUCACUCGCAGGGAGCUUGAUUUCCUGCUUCAAGGGAUCAUUCAAGCGAGAGAUGAUGAGACAUGUGGCGGUUUCCAUGGUUGCGCGUCUCGUAGUCACCGAAACAGCGUGAAAGUGCGAGCUGCGGAACCAUCCUUCGAGCUUGCAAACUCUCAGAAAGUACCAGGAUGGAAAAAAAAC